CCGUCAGGCCGGCUGGACAUGAAGUUUUCUCUCUAUAGGAUCCAAUUUUUCUCUAGACAGGAGUUAAUCCCUAAUCUUCAGUUCAAUUUUUCCUCCCUUCUGUCAUUGCAGAUGGGGAGGUAGCUAGAAGAACAAGAAACGGCAUCCUCCGUCUCAAGAAGCUAAAGAUGAUAACGGUGACAAAUUGAACGGAGAUGGGGAGGUUUUCGGCGACGCUCGGGAUAUUGUGGGGCCCCUCAACCCCAGUAGGUUUGCUUGUGGUAAGAGCCCUAGCUGGUUUACCCCGCAUUGAAUUGUAGAAAGCGCCGCCAGCUGGUUGUUACCCGAAAAGGUUUGAAUAAAGCUUUCUUUUGAUGCUGGACAGUAUGGGGGUUUUGAUGGUGCUUUUUGCUGCAAAAGGAUGGAAGCUAAUCCCCUGCCUUUGGAUGAAUGUUGGAGCAGAAAAUGGAUAUAGUGUUAACUCUUCCCAUAAACGCCCUGUCACCCGCCCCUUUCUUUUGUAAGCCCUCUUCAUCACCUCCUUACAAUAUAAAUGAAUGUUCUUGUACACGGUUUUAUUCACUCAAAGUCAUCGCAACUUCUAUCUUCUUUGUCUCUCUAGUAUUCUUCACUUCUACUUUGGAUCUUUUUCCUUGAGUUGAGUAAACAGUAAACACUGAAAAUGGGUUCUACUUUGAAAAACCUUGGUGAUAUUCUACUGGUCAUCACACUCAUCAUCUCCCUGGCUUUGGCAAAAGAGGGUGAUGCUGACUUGGUAAAUGCAACCUUAGUUAGGGUUGACGAUGGAGCAGUUUGCUUGGGAGGGAAUCCCGCAGCUUACUUUUACGUCCCAGGGUUCGAUAAUGGGAUUGAAAAUUGGAUUGUAUAUCUUCCUGGAGGCGGAUGGUGUAAAAAUGUUAGUGAUUGUGAAGAUUACCUUGAUAGAAAAGGUGUAGGCUCGGAGCCGGGACCAUUUUCCUUUGAUCAUAUUUUAAGUUCCAACAAGGAGAAGAAUCCUGACUUUUUUGACUGGAACAAGGUUGCUAUCCGGUACUGUGAUGCGUCAUCGUUCACUGGCAAUUCUGAGAUCACGAAGACAAAUGGUACUAAGCUUUUCUUCCGAGGAUGGAGAAUCUACACAGCUGUGAUGAAAGAGCUGUUGAACAAAGGAAUGGGGAAUGCUAAAAAUGCUCUGUUAGUGGGAAGUUCAGCUGGUGGAGUGGCAACAACCAUUUAUUGUGACAGAUUUCGAAGUUUGUUUCCACCAGCUUCUAGAGUAAAAUGCUUGUGUGACGGUGGCUAUUUUUUUCUUGCGAAAAAUCAUACUCAUGGAAACCAAUUUCUGUCAAUGUUUGAGGGCCUGAUAAAACUACACAAAUCAGAAAAUGCUCUGCCAAAAUCUUGCACAACAAUAUUAAGUGCAGAGUUGUGUUUUUUCCCACCGAAUUUACAGAGAGAUAUUAAAACACCCAUCUUUUUCCUUAUGUCAGCCUUCGAUUAUGUUCAGAUCAAUUAUACACUGUCAAUUGAUCUGACUAAAUGCGCUGGACUGAAGAAUUGCACUUUGAGUCAAAUUGAAGCGUCACAAGAUAUUAGGUCACAGUUGCUCACCGUCCUACCCAAAAAAGGCAAAGCGUUUUCUAAAGGAUAUCUAAUAACCUCUCCCGUGGCUCAUACUCAAGUAGAUCAGGAUAGUUGGUACAUUCAUACUGCUGGGACUAAUGAGAGUUUAGCGAGCUUAUUUGGAGCAUGGUAUUAUGAGAGGAAGGAUGUUCAAAUAAUAGAUAACUACCCCUGCCCCUACCAAUGCCCGUAUUAGUACUCCGCCUCCUAUAAUUGUCCCAUUUUUUCAUUUUUGGAUGUCCCACUAUUAUUGUCUCAUACCAUAUUUGGUAACAUUUGUGUGACUCUAAUUCAUUCUUACUUUAGUCCCACUAUCAAUUCAUUAUCAACCACAUAAUUCUACUUUUCUUAAAAACCAC